GCACAGAGAGUCACUAGUCAAUUCCUAUUGGCUAGUAACUUGACCGCAUUAUGCAAAUAACUAUGCAAACAUGUACUCUUGAACCUGUGAAGGUGGUGUAAUACGCUGCAUGUGUCGAGAGUCUCUGUUGACAUCCUCGUUCUUCUCGGUCACACUUCAAAAUUCCCUCGGGAUGGAAAGAAUAAACUGUGCCAUAUCCCUAAGCGAUAGGUUGCCAGGAUUGGGUAUAUUCCGGUGCGAUGGUGUAAAUUUUCACCUACUUAAUUUACAAGUGAUCGGUUGUCUGUAUAUGUCUGUAUAUGUCUGUGUCAUCACUGGCGACUAUUUGGCAUAGCUCUCAACGACGCUUAGCAAUAUGUCACUCACUGAGCUCCAGGACGCGAAAGUCGCUAAUGAAGUAGAGGCAGCCUAUAGCUUCCGCUCCCAGAAUCCUAUAAGCGAAGGGCUUCGUCAGAGGAUCGCAGCUGCACUAGGCUAUAAGCCAGCUGACUUCAAUGGCGCCGCUGCAAUCGCUAAUAUCGGCGAGGGCUGUGGUAACCCUCUGCUUAUUGCUAAUUUGAGGGCGGGAGAGUUUGUUGUUGAUCUAGGAAGCGGAGGCGGGUUUGACUGCUUCCUUGCGGGUGAGCAGGUUGGGCCGACCGGCAAAGUCGUCGGGUUUGAUAUGACGAGGAAUAUGAUCGAUCUCGCCCGCAAGAACGCCGCAAAGAUUGGACUCACGAACGUAGAGUUUACUCACACAGAUAUCAACAAACUACCACUCCCGGAUAACUCGGUGGACUGUGUUAUGAGCAAUUGUGUUCUGAAUCUGAUCGUAGACGACGAGAAGCUUCAAGUUGUCCGGGAAAUACACCGCAUUCUCAAACCGUGUGGUCGUUUGGCCGUGAGCGACUUCCUAGCGCUCAAGCCAUUGCCUCUUCAUAUCAAGAAUGAUCCGGCGUUACGUUCUGGUUGCAUUUCUGGCGCUGUCGAAGUGUCGCAGAUGCAGAAAUUCUUAUUCGACAUAGGUUUCGAUGGCAUGUCACCAUAUACUCCAUGA